AUGAAUCCUUCCAAUCCGCCUCAAGCGGCCGAGUAUGGUGGAGAUGAGGUAUCUGCCAUUGUGCUCGACCCUGGAUAUUCGACCACUCGCGCUGGCUUCGCUGGCGAAGACGCUCCCAAGUCGCUCAUCCCAACAUACUACGGCAAAUACAACGCCGAUGGCCAGGAAAAGCUGGUCUUCGGUGACGAUAUUUUCACCCCGCGUCCCGGCCUGUCCAUCCACAACCCGGUCGGCAAGGAUGGGAUUGUUGAGGAUUGGGAUAUGGCAGAGAAGGUUUGGGAAUAUUCCUUCACCUCGCGACUGACCGGCUCGAAACCUGGGAAUCCCUUUCAAAACGGUCUGAACGACUUCUCCAACGACGAGCUUCCACAAGAGAUGGAGGUUGAGACGGACGAGAAGCCUCUGUCCGAUAGCCCAUUGUUGAUGUCCGAGCCUGGCUGGAACCCUGCCAAGGCGCGCGAGAAGACCAUUGAGAUCGCCAUGGAGAAGUGGAACACCCCUGCUUUCUACCUGGCGCGCAAUGGUGUCCUGGCAUCUUUCGCUGCCGGCAAAGCCUCCGCCCUCGUCAUUGAUAUUGGCGCCUCCAACAUCUCUAUUACCCCAGUUCACGACGGAAUGAUCCUCAAGCGAGGUGUCCAGCAUUCUCCGCUGGGUGGAGACUACAUCUCUUCCCAAAUCCGCGCCCUGUUCAAGAAGAAUUCGCCGCAACCGAUCACCAUUACCCCCCACUACCUGAUCAGCUCCAAGACGGCCGUCGAAGCCGGUCAGCCUCCUCAGGCCAAUUACAAGACCUUCGCAGCGGACAAGGCACCUGACGCCUCGUAUCGCGCUCUCCUCGAAGAGCGCACCCUUUCCGAGUUCAAGGAGUGUGUCGUUCAGGUUUGGCCCGGCCCCGGCAAACUCAGUGCGCCGGGCCCAACGGGUGUCCCGAAUGAGGAGGCUGCUCGUAAUUACCCCGGUCGGCCCUUCGAGUUCCCUGACGGCUACAACCAGAGCUUCAGUGUUGACCGCUUCCGUGUUGUGGAGUCCUUGUUCGAUGCGAAGGCCGCCAUUCCCGAUCCUGACUCCCCUGUCCCCGCCCCGACACAGGCCCAGACGCUCCCGGAGAUCAUCAAGGCGUCUCUGGGUGGUGUCGAUGUUGAUAUUCGCCCUCACCUGCUCUCCAAUGUCGUCGUGACCGGUGCGUCGAGCUUACUCUACGGCUUUACCGAACGACUCAACGCCGAGCUCAUGGCGCUGUUCCCCGGCCCAAGGGUGCGCAUCUCGGCCCCCGGAAACACCGCAGAGCGUCGUUUCGGUUCUUGGAUUGGUGGUAGCAUCCUGGCUAGUCUGGGUACCUUCCACCAGAUGUGGAUCUCCAAGAAAGAGUACGAGGAGCACGGCCCGAGCAUCGUAGAGAAGCGUUGCAAAUGA